AUGGUUUUCAAUCCCACCGAGUUCAAAGGGCUCUUCUUUGAUAUAUAUGCGACGCUUAUCGACUGGGAGUCUGGAAUUUGCCCACAACUUCUCAAACUGAGUCAAAAUCUCCCAUCCGGUGAUGCUAGACGAGAGGAUAAUGCUGAGAAUCGUAAAAAAUUGCUGCAAGCAUAUGCCAAACACGAGAAAGCCGUUGAGCAUGAAAACCCCAAACUACCGUAUCCUCAAAUUCUGGAGGAAGUCUACAGCCGAAUAGCAUCAGACUUGAGAGUUUCCGCCGACCAAGCAGACAAAAAAGCCUUUGGUCGAAGCAUUGGAGAGUGGCCAGCGUUUCCCGAUACCGUCAAAGCGAUGCAACUGCUGGCAAAGCACUAUAAGCUUUUCGUACUGAGCAAUGUCGAUAAUGCGUCUUUUGAUAGAACGCGAACAGGCCCGUUGAAUGGGGUGCACUGGGACGGAAUAUAUACCGCAGAGCAGAUUGGAUCGUACAAGCCAAACCCCAAAAAUUAUCAGCACGUUGUCACUCGUCUUGACGAGGACUUUGGCAUAAAGAAGGACGAGAUACUGUUGGUGGCUCAAAGCCUCGAUAUCGAUCAUGCAUCUGCAAAAGCACUUGGCUUCAAGCCUGCUGUGUGGAUAGCAAGAAAGAGUGCCUUCAUGGGUGGAAAUCGAGCGCAACUCGAGGCUGAAGGGUUGAUAGAGUUGGGAGCAGAGUUCAGUACUCUGGGUGACAUGGCUGAAGCCGUCGAAGAAGCGUUCUCGGACCGAAAAUGA